CUCCACCGGAGAGCAGAUAUCAAACAGAAGAAAAUCGCCAUCGGUUUCGGAUUUGCAUCGGACGCAGUUAGUCGAGUGCUCGGGAAAUUCGGUUCUUUCAAUGAGUUUAUAUGUCGAGUGUGACUAAUUGUACAGUGUAAUUAAGUGCGUUAACUCGAAAGCAAGCGAUAGAAGUACGUUGGAUCUGCAUUCUGUGUAUAGGUUUUUUUAGUGAUAGGACGUAAUUUUCUCAUCAAGUACAGAUUACAGUGAAAUGGAAAUAUUAAUCUGGUUUAUAUCGAAGCAAAAUGUUUCAUGAAGCGAAAAACGAGUAUUAGACUCUGAUAUAUUUGUGUAAGCUGUUAUCGAACUGUGCAAAAUCUUACUAAAAAAAACUGUCUUGUUUACAAUUUAUGACAUUAGUAUGAAAAUAUUCAGAAGUGUGCGUGUGUGAAUUCACUCCAACAGAUAAUACUGUACGGUUAUAAAUGUGUGCGUUUUGUCACGCAAAAGUGCAUCGGAAAAGUGGAAAACUUCACAACUGGUGAUUAUAAACAGGAAUAGUUCUGUUGUCAAGUUGAACGCGUAAAAAAUGGUGUAAAACAAGCUUUCGGGAUCCCCUACGUAGUAAAAAAAAGUUCGAAACAAAUUGUUAACGAUAUUUAUCAAUGUGUCAAAAGAAUUGUAAAUCGUGAAUGAACUUGUGAGCCAUUGACGAAUUUCGGCAGUGAUUUUCAUCGAAGAAAAAGUUAUUAAUGGUCAGAAGUGAACACCCACACCUACGCAGUCCAAAGAAGUACUGGAGUGAUUAAAGUGGAAUUUGAGCACGUGCGAAUGUGUUUGUUAUUAAUGUAAACAGAUUGCAUACAUUCGCAGAAGGUUGUAUGUACAAACAAAAAAUUGAAAAUAAUAAAAAUGUAGGCUUAGGCAGUUUUUGGACAUCAACCAACACAUUAGACCUUCGUUCGUCGCUGAAUCAAUGAGAUGAUAGUUUUUUGCAGCAAACACCUUCAUCAGUGAUGAUCAAUUCUGUAUCACACUUUCUCCGCCAUCCAUGGACUGUAUUAGAAAAAAUGGUUUCAUCACAUCUCAUCAAGUGCACAUAUUAACUGUCGAAGAUUACAAACAGAUCAUUGCAUUCUACGAAGAAGUGGAAAACAAUUAAAUCAAAUCAUGGAGACUCUUACCGAACCCAGUAUCGCUCCAGAACUACGGAGUGAAUCUCUCAUUCCGAUCUCACCGGACGAGGAACGCUCGGUUGAUCAUCACCACAAUAACAACAACGACGACGACGAAGACAUCGAUCUUCACCCAUGCAAUCUCCUCGAAGAGCAAUCCCAGUCAUCCCAGGGCAGCAGUAGCCUCGUGUCACCGCCACCGGGCGGUGGAGGGGGCGACAUCCCGGAGGAAACCAUUGAGAACAUUGCUCGGGAACUGCAUCACAGCAACACCAACAGUAGCUCGGAUAACACAUGCAACGACACCACGAAUGAUUCCCAACCGGAGCCGGGCAAAACCGGUAACAGCAGUAUACACAAUCGGAGCCCACCGGGUGGGUCCGACAAAGCACCACCGGUCGAGAUUCCGGUGCAGAAGGUCCCUGCCAUUGCGGUGGCUCCUAUACCCAAGGUGCACAUUGCGCCGAUUUCCAACGGCAGUUUGGCGCUCAAGUCCUCCGGGAAACCGACCACCAUGCGUGAUCUGGAUCGCAAGAUGAACAAAUCUUCACGCGGGCGAUCCAAGCGGCGCGCCAUGGUGGCCAUGUAUCAAAGUGAGAUAAGCGAAAACAAAAUCGGCAUCAAGCUGUGCAUAAAGAAGGCAUCUGAUGCAACAGUACAACAACCAAAGAAAGCCAGUCGCAAGCGGACGCGCAAGCCCAAGAGCCUUAACCGAGGGGACAGCGAUGCGGAGGAAUCGACGGUUGCCGCCUCGCCUGAGAAGCGCACCAGACGACCACGGGACUCCACACGUAAGACAAACAACAACACGGAAAAGGCCACCGUCGUCCCCCAGGAGGAGUACAAACAGCCCGAAGAUCAAAGCCCUUGGGCCUAUCAACUUCCGGAACACAUACUGUGCGAGAUAUUUCAACACGUCAUCCAAGACGACGGUUGCAUUCCAUCGUUGGUACGGCUCGGUAAAGUAUGUUCUGCUUGGCAUAAAGCUUCCCUGGUGCCUUCGCUCUGGCGAACAGUAGACCUUGGCAACUGGGCUAAGGAUCGGUUCAAAACCGAGCUUAAGCUCAAAUGGCUAAUCGAAAAUCGCCUCCAUAACAGUACUGAUGUCAGUUUCGGAAACUGGAAGAUCACCAACGUGCAAUGCGUGCUGGAUAAGCUGCUGGCGGCCGCACCAAACUUGGUUGGGAUAACCCUAACUGGGUGGAAGCAACUCACAUCUGAUCAUCUCAUGUUUCUCGUGCAAGAGUUCAAAAGUCUACGAAGACUGGAUCUAAGCUCAAUAAAUGCUGAAGUCAAUGGGAACAAAACCGCCGUCGGUCAGGUUUCGCUGUGCGCAGCCAUUACGGAGAUGGGAGAACGGUUAACUCAUCUCUAUCUGGCCCACAAUCGUCUUAGCGGCAUUCCACAAAUCGUCAAGACACUUUCGACUCAAUGCCCAAAUCUCGUUCUGUUGGACCUGUCCAACGUGAGCACAGUCGCCAUCUCACACGGUAUACUCAACAUCGAGCAGCUCCAAGCCGGAUGCCAGAAGCUGAAGGUCCUCCGGAUAACGAACUCGCAUAUCAAUAUGAGUACGGCAACUCUCCAGGAGCAGAUGGACUCCCUUGGCUUUCCGGAGCUGGAGGAACUCUCGGUUGCUUCGCUGGCCGAUGAGUCGCGACUCUUCAACGAUGAGUAUCUUCAGAGGAUUCUCAAAACCAGCACCAAGUUGAAGCUGCUGGAUGUACGAGGCUGCUCACGCUUGACCCAUGAUAGUUUGAUUCGGUUGCCGACCUGGGACCUCAAGCAUCUUUUUCUCUCCGGGUGUUCCAUUACGAGAGAUCUUGGGUCUGGUCUAGAGCUGAUAUCCUCCAAGUGGGCCCACAGUCUCAUUGAGUUCGAUCUUGCAUGGGCCAACGCCACCAAACCCCUGGAUGAUGCCCUUAAAGCACUGGCCGAUAAAGGACCCGAAUCGCCUCUGAACCAUCUCAAUCUGUGCGGUUCGUCCGUGUCGUUGGAGGCCGUCAAGGAGGUCCUCACCUGCUGCCCGCACAUCAACUCCAUCAACCUGUCCUCCUGCCGUGGGCUUCCACGAGGUGUCAAACGGCUACUGCAAGGUCCCCAGGAGAUCGCCGAACUGCGGGAAAACCUCGGUGUAACCCUGAAGCAACCCAAACAGCUACAGUAAAGGAACUCCCAACCGGAACGGAGAGAAAGUAAAGAAAGGGAGCUCCGACCCAACGUAGAAAGCGUUCUAUUGUACAGAGUGUGUGCGAUCUGCCCCAAGCUCGUCGUCGUUCGCGGAAACCACACGUGUGUGAUCGAGUCCCUUCCAGGGUGGGAACAGUCCCGUGAGAUUAUUGUAGGCGUGGUUCGGGCGCGUGAGUUUUUGCAUGAGUGAGUUCGUGGGUGUAUUACGAAAAGACCCGUUUGUGAUAUUUUUUACUAUGUGUGUGGGACGCAAUCUCGCAGUGGAUCUGCGCGGAACGAGAUCUUCUUUUAAGUCUAGCAUUAAAUACCUUAGGAUCUAUGAUUUGCCUGUUGAACAGUCUCCUUUGGCUUCCAGUUGAUUUGUAUUUAUUCAAUUUACAGUUUUCUGUACUAUUCGGGUAUUUUUGAAUAAAACAUUUAAAAAAUCAGUCCACUCUUCGACUUUGGUAGCUUCCUCCCGACUGGUACAACAAGUGUAAUAUAAUUUUAUUUUUAUUCAUCGUAAAAAGCCAUUAGUAUUGGUUUCACCGUGGAUCGAUCACUGCUUGGGGUAUCCAAAAUCUGUGCUCUCUACAUCAAUAGGAGAAAAGAACUUGCAGCAACAACAACAACAAACAUAAACUUAUACAUACACCUAGAUAAAACAAUCGAGUUCUAUUUCAGAGAAGCAGUUUAAAAGAAAUAAAAUGAGAUUUGUUAUUGAAUGAUUUAAGUCCAAUUGUUCUCAUCAGAUAGAACCGGGCCAGGUUCAAAAUAGGUGUGUGGAUUAAUAUAUAAAUUAAAUGGCAUAAGUUAAUUUACCGUAACAAUGAA